CCUCCGCUUCUCUCUUUCCCGUCCGAGCUCUCAACAUGGCGCCGAUGAAGCCGAAGAGGCCGACUGUUGGCAAGAAGUCCAAAAAAGGAGCAGCAUGGAAGUUCACUCUGGACCUGACCCACCCAGUGGAGGACGGCAUCCUGGAUUCUGCCAACUUUGAAACCUUCCUCAAGGAGAGGAUCAAGGUGAACGGAAAGACGGGGAAUCUGGGAAACGUCGUGCAGGUCGGCCGCCUGAAGAACAAGAUCAACGUCACGUCUGAGAAGCAGUUCUCCAAGAGGUACCUGAAGUACCUGACGAAGAAGUACCUGAAGAAGAACAACCUGCGUGAUUGGCUGAGAGUGGUGGCGUCCGAUAAGGAGACCUACGAGCUGCGAUACUUCCAGAUCAGUCAGGACGACGAUGAGUCUGAAGCCGACGAGUAAAACAGCAGCAGGAGAAUAAACGAGGAGAAAAAACUUU